AUGAUGAGCAGGCUCAAGAUGAAGGGAGGCGGCUUGCCCAAGUGCCUAAAAGACUGCCUGCGGGAGAAGAAAUUGUACACAUUUGUUGGUUUCAGCAUUGGAGGUGACAAGCGGGUGCUGGAGGAGUCUGGCGGCGUCAUCCACCCAUUCUACAAAGGCAUGAAGAAGAAGAUGAACAGGGCAGACCACAAACUGUGGGGAAACAUCCCGCUGCCAGACAACCUCAUCACGUACGCAGGAAUAGAUGCAUACGCAACGUACAAGUCAUGA